UCCUCUCUCGCUCUCUCUCUCUCCCUCUUUCUGCCUUCCUCCGUUACCAUGGCAGCCAGCAAGCCCAAGGGCCAGAACUCUCUGGCCCUGCACAAGGUGAUCAUGGUGGGCAGCGGAGGUGUGGGGAAGUCCGCCCUCACACUGCAGUUCAUGUACGACGAGUUUGUGGAGGACUACGAGCCCACCAAAGCAGACAGCUACAGGAAGAAGGUGGUCCUGGACGGGGAGGAGGUGCAGAUCGACAUCCUGGACACAGCCGGCCAGGAGGACUACGCCGCUAUCCGGGACAACUACUUCCGCUCUGGAGAGGGCUUCCUGUGCGUCUUCUCCAUCACCGAGCUGGAGUCGUUCGCCGCCACAGCCGACUUCAGGGAGCAGAUCCUUCGGGUGAAGGAGGACGAGUCUGUGCCCUUCCUGCUCGUGGGGAACAAGUCGGACCUGGAGGACCGCAGGCAGGUGGGCGUGGAGGAGGCCAAGGUCCGCGCCGAGCAGUGGGGCGUCAGCUACGUGGAGACAUCCGCUAAGACCCGCGCUAACGUGGACAAGGUAUUCUUUGACCUAAUGAGAGAGAUUCGAGCGAGAAAGAUGGAAGACAGCAAGGAGAAGAACGGGAAGAAGAAGAGGAAAAGCUUGGCCAAGAGAAUCCGAGAGAGAUGCUGCAUUUUAUAAUGGUUUCCCCCUCACUGCCCCCUCCCCCCUCCUCCACAGUCCUCUCUCCUCCCUGGUCUAACCAUCGUUAUGAUUUUGUGUUGGGUUUUCUGGCCCCCCCUCACCAC